CGUCUACGGAACGUGGCAAAGUUGGCGAAACGAAAACUUUGUGCGCUCAUUCAGUCAGUUUGACGUUGUUGAACUUGUGGUUAGUUAAAUAUGAAUUUUUUCGCGGUAUCCGUACUUUACGUCGCCGUCUUCGUCGCGGCGGCGAGGUGCGAUGACGAACUUAAAGUUGAGGUUGUCAGCCGUCCCGAAAUUUGUGAUGUCAAAAGUAAAAAGGGGGAUACUUUAACCAUGCAUUACACCGGUACACUCGUUGACGGUACCAAAUUUGAUUCAAGUGUGGACCGUCAGCAACCGUUCACGUUCCAGCUCGGCGUAGGACAGGUAAUUAAGGGAUGGGAUCAGGGACUUGUCGACAUGUGUAUCGGCGAGAAGCGUAAACUGGUCAUUCCCCCGACUCUCGGUUACGGAGACAACGGUGCCGGAAACGUCAUCCCCGGAAAGGCCACACUUUUAUUCGACGUCGAACUGAUGAGCAUCGCUGAUUCCCCACCAACGACGAAUGUGUUCAAGGAGAUCGAUUCUAACAAAGACAAAAUGUUGAGCAGGGAGGAAGUAAGUGAGUAUCUGAAAAAGCAAAUGCUCGCCGCUGAAGGUGAGAACGAAGAAAUACGAAAUAUGAUAGGAGAGCAGGAUAAGUUAGUUGAGGAGAUCUUCCAGCACGAAGACGCCGAUAAAAAUGGCUUCAUUUCGCAUACCGAAUUUUCCGGUCCGAAACACGACGAACUUUAACGUUUACCUAACUUUUAAUGUUGUAACGGUCGGGACUGAUUUGUUUAAAAUGCGAACUGUGCCGUAUUUUGAACAUUUCCUAAAGUUAGUGCGAUUUUUUAAAUUUUUAUAUUGCGAAUACGUUUAUUAGAUGUCUAAGAUAGUACUUAAUUGGAUUCAUCGACCUCAUUGUUUCCUUUCUGGUUGUGCAUCGGUUUUAGGGUCAUUUUUUGUUGUCAUUAAGGUACAUAGGUUUUUUACCAGGCGCUCGAUUAAUUAUUUAUUAUAUUUUGUAUUUAAUUAACUACUUAAUUUUCAACGACAUGUACCUAUACUUCAUUGUCGGCGAUGUAAUGGAGAUUGUUUUAUGCUAUGUUAUUGGUUAAAUGUACUAUAAAUUAUUGUUGAUAAUAAAUUAUUUUAAUCUAU